CUUCACUGGAAUAAGUGAAAAUGCUGAUUAUAGUUUAUUUAUCACUGAUGCUCAUAGAUGGACGUUGUGCUGAUCCAAUCUUAGAGACAAAGACUAAUCAUGUUGGUGAUUCUGUGAAGUUAACAUGCUCACGUAGGUCAGCUGGAGACAUAUUUUGGAUGAGGGCUGUUUGGGGAAAUUCUUUUGAAGUCCUUAAUACAACAUAUACCAAGAGGGAUGUUAUAGUUCAACGAGAGCCUGGAAUACUGGACUUGAAAAUUAAAAAAGCAAAGCUAAGUGAUGCCGGAGUUUACAUCUGUAUGAGGAAGUAUGAUGGAAAGGAUACAGUUUUGAAUCUAACAUACUUAAGAAUUGAAGAGCCUACUGCCACCCCAGUCCCUACAUCUGGUCCGGUCUGUCCAGAAGACUCAGUAACUCUGCAGUGUUCAGAACUCAGUGAUGCCAAGAAUAAAUCAUGCCCAGUGGAUUACAGAGUGCUCUGUUUUCAUACUGGCUCCAAUCAGUCUCAGGCUUUCAAUAAUACUGAAGUAAAUGGACAUAUAUAUGAGAACAGCACUGAAGGAGGUGCAUUUAAGCAAUGUUUCUACAACAAUUUCAAAUGCUUUAGUUCCUCUGAUUCUUCUGUGUUUAACUGUACUGCGGCCAAAUGUGAGAAGGAAAAGAACACAAAUAAAUCCAAACUUGACACUGAAGCAGUAAACAUGUGGAAGUCAAGGAAGGAUGAUGCAGUUAUUCACCUGUUAUGUGCUGCUUUGGCUAUAAGUCUGAUUGUCAUUGCCGUUCUCAUAUAUUUCAUCCAAAAACUUGUGAAAAGAUUAAAUGGCUCCUGUGAUGCUUCAACUGUUGUGCAAACAGAAGAACCAGAUGAUCACAACAGUCCACAGGCAAAUGAAGACUCAGUGGUUUAUUCUACAGCAGAUUUUAUCAGAAGAAAAUCCAGUAAAACAGGGAGAAUGGGUGUUAAACAUGCAGAAGAAGAAACAGUUUACUCAGAUAUCAGGGUUCUUGGUGUUUGAAAUUGCUGUGCUAAUA